AUGUCCUCGGCCGCCACGUCUAAGUACUUAAACCACAUGUCAGGCUUUCUGCAGGAGAAAGUGUCGCCAUCCACGUUGGGCUCAAGCCGCUCCAGCCGCCUGUUGUUGUGCUCCCGCAUCUCCCCCGACUCGCGCAGCACCAGCUGCUCGUUGUAGAGCAGGCGGUCCCGGUCCUGAUCCUGGUCCUAGUCCCGACCCCGGUCCUGUUCCCGCAUGCACCACCAGAGCAAGUACAGGCGCUAUCGCUCGUAUUCACGCAGUCGCUUCCGGUCCCAGUCCCAAGGCCCCCAAAACACCUGAGAUAACUUUUCGCCGUCGCCCUACCGGUCCCGGAGCAGGUCGCGCUCCCGCGGGCGGUCGCAUCACCGGAGGUCGUACUACGCCAUCACGCGCGGCCGGCGCUACUACGGUUUCGGCCGCACGGUGUACCCCGAGGAUCGCCCCCGCUGGAGGGAAAGGUCCAGAACCAGGUCGCGCAGCAGGAGCAGAACUCCCUUUCGCUUAAGUGAGAAAGAUCGAAUGGAGCUGCUAGAAAUAGCAAAAGCCAAUGCAGCAAAAGCUCUAGGAACAGCCAACUUUGACUUGCCAGCGAGUCUCCGGACUGCAGCCAAGGAAACAAGCCAGAGAGCAGCUGUUUUGAGCAGUGGCGCAAAGAUGGAGCACUCAGAAAAUCAAGCUGAAGAUGAAACUAAAAAUCACAGUGAGAAAUCUUCCACACAAAGAAACAUAGCCUUCAGCUCUAAUAAUUCCAUAGCAAAGCCGAUACAGAAAACAGCUAAAGCUGCUGCUGAAGAGACAUCAUCAGGGUCACCAAAAAUAGAUAAGAAAAAAAGUCCUUAUGGACUGUGGAUACCUGUGUAAAGAAAAACCAAGGGCUGGGGUUCCCUAAAACUGCACUUUACUGAGAGUUCCUGUCCUCCAGCAUUCGCCUACCUGCCUGAGUAUCAUGGCAGUAAAUGUUGUGAUUAAACUCCAUUACAUCAAGAAAGAUGCUUGAUGGUGACAUGUUCACAGUUGAGCCUUCUCUUGAAAUUAUAGGAACACAGAUGGACCAGAAAAUUGCAUACUGAUGGAAGUCUUGUAUAUACUUGUAAGUAUUGUAUAGUAUUGCAUAUGUAUAUGGGUGAAUUUUGUAAGGCACAGCUGAAUACUGUGUAUUUUGUACAUUUGUUAAUAAACUUAUUAUUUGUCUUGA